ACCCACCAGCACUUACUGUUUGCCUCUGCUGGUGCGUUGCUGCUGCAGCAGCCGCAGCGCUGCUGCAACAAUCAGGCAUUCACUAGGGCGCAACCAGAUCACGCACAGGCUGGUCGCUCGACCACCCCCACGCUUUGCUCUCUCGCUGCCUGCCCCCUCCCAGGACCCAGGUCCAGCGAGCGGGCCUCUGCUCCUUCCGCCCGCUGAAUCUAGGGAGCGCGAGCUCUUCUUAAACGGGCGCACGCCGCGUGCGCGCCCGACCCGCUUGCCCCGCGCUCGGACGCGUCCCGAUGCGCCUCCGCCGGCCGGAAAAACCCUACUAGUCCUAGGGCUCGCCUCGCCGCCCUGAUGGGGGGCCGGCCGGGGUACCUCACCCUGCCGAUCUUUUCCGUGGUCGCGGCGAUCGGGUACGUCUACUACACCACGGUGUUCGUGGCCGUGCCGCGGUGGCUGGGCCUGUCCACGGCUGCGGGGGUAGCCAACGCCGCCGCGUUCACAGCGCUAGCAGCUGCCUGCCUCGCCACCUACGCCGUCGCCGUUCGCAGGGACCCCGGGCGGGUGCCCCCGGGUUUCGUGCCCGACGUCGAGGACGCCGAGAGCACCGUCCACGAGAUCAAGCGCAAGGGUGGUGACUUGAGAUAUUGCCAGAAAUGUUGCCACUAUAAACCUCCACGUGCACACCAUUGCCGUGUUUGCAAGAGAUGUGUUCUGAAAAUGGACCAUCAUUGCAUUUGGAUUAAUAACUGUGUUGGACAUGAGAACUACAAGAUUUUCUUGGUCUUUGUAUUAUAUGCUGUGGUUGCAAGCUUCUAUGCAUUGAUUCUGAUCGUAGGGAGCGUUUUGCAUAGUGUUCCUAAAGAUGAGCAGCCAGGCAGCGAUUCUUCUCGAACAUCCAUUUACCAUGAAGGAGUUAGAGCGAUGUGGUUGGCAGAAAAAGGUGGAGACCUCUAUCAUCAUCCAUAUGACCUUGGUGUCUAUGAGAAUCUUAUUUCAGUUCUUGGGCCUAACAUAUUUUGCUGGCUCUGCCCUGUAUUGAAUACUGUUGGAAAUGGCCUUCGGUACCGUACAUCCUAUGAUAUUCCGGUAUCUACACCACCAAAAAAAAUAGCAGCACAUUCACAAUAGGUAGUAGUUGCUAAUUUGUGAAAGGAUUUCCCAUUAAGCUGCUAGAACGUGUUUGGUCUGAACGAUUCCGAAGGCAGGUCGUGUAACUCUGCAACAUACAGGAGAUGAUGACUACCACAGCCUCUCGCCAGGUGUUUGUCCUGAAUCGAGACAUGAACUCUUAACCUUGUUUUUUAUUUCAUUCUUGACAUACUUGAUAAUGUCUCGCUUGUAAUCUGGAGUAGGCUGUUCUUACCAAAAAGAAAAAAAAACUGCAAUUCUGUUGUAAAGUUAGUUCGUAUGUUUGGGGGCCAUGUAAUGUAGCCAAGGGCCAUGAAACCGAUUUUCCCAGAGUAUUUGUGUACAUUUGUUUAAAAUGAAAUGUAACAUCUGGUGUACUUUUGCGCGCCUA